GCUCACGGAGCAAACCGAGCGAGCAGGAGACACCGUGGAUCAUUGAGAAAACAGAGAGAAGGAACCGCAUCGUCUCGCUGGUGGACGCUUGGAACUUGGAGACCUGAAAAGCCGGCACUCGUCUCAACAUGAAGAUCCUGUCUUUCGUUUCAGUUCUGAUCUGCAUUGGGAGAAGUCCAUCGGAGGCCUUAUGGUGCAAAGACGCCGAAGGCAAUCAGGUCGAAUGGUCGCUCAUCUAUAAGUUGCCGCAUCGAUUGUCCCAACCUCCGUCGUCACCUUUGAGUUCGGUUCCCAAGAGAAGUAAGCAUGAUGGUUCGGACUACGGAUACAUCGAUUCUCGCAUGGUUGCGGAUGGCGCAAGGAACUUCUCGAGCGGCGCCAAAGGAAUUUUUUCCGACGAACAGAAUCCCCUCGCCAACUCACUCGAGCCCCUCUUCAAAUGGAGUAAGGCGAAAGCCAAUCGGGAGCUCGUAUACAUUGCUUACAACGAUCAACCACCGGUGGAAGGAGAGAAAGCUUCUUGGUCGAGUGGUCACACAAAGGGCGUGGUCCUAUUCGAUUCGGACUCGGGUUUAUGGCUCGUUCAUAGCGUUCCGAAGUUCCCUGAAAACACGUUCUCCGGAAAUUUCUCAUUCCCAAAAAAUGGCUACGUCAAUGGCCAAACGCUUCUUUGUAUGAGCUUCAAGAGCCGGCAACUCAACUCUAUUGCCGCCCAUCUACUGAAUCAAGAGGCGCACAUAUAUGAAAGUCACGCACCCGCAAACUUUUCGAAGCUCUAUCCCAACCUAUCGCUGCUGUUAUCGAAUCCCUCUGCCUACAACGUGACUCAAAAUGUCACGAAGAACGUCAUCCGAGGGGUUCGCGGAAUGCCUUUCCUCGCUUUUGCCAAAAGCGGCUCUUUGGACGACGACGUCUAUUCUAGAGCCAUAGCCCCCGCCCUCGGGUCAGACCUGUACGUUUCCAGUUGGCAGAACGGUGAAGGGGGGAAACUCGACUCGGAAUGCUCGAUGAAAUUCAAAGUGCUCGACGUCGAGAGCGUCUCAUUCACUUUCGGCGAGUCCGAAACAGCUUGGUCAACGAAGAACGAUCACUCUAAAUGGGCUGUUACGCGCUCCAAGUCGACUUGGCUGUGUAUCGGAUCAAUCAAUCGCAUGCGCUCACAGUUCAAACGAGGGGGAGAGACUGUUUGCCUGUCGGAGAGAACUCUCGGAAAGCUCUUCCAGAAUGCGGUCACGAACCACACUACCUGCGACAGCGAUAAGGCUGUAUCGUCCCGAGAACCGUAAUUUCGUUUACUCUGUCUCAUGUGCGGGAUACCAGAUUCAAGACCAGAUGGGCACACUCAUCGUGGAUACGGCCCGUGUCAAAUACAAUACUAUCCCGACCUCUCAACCCUUGAGCUGAUUCGGAGACAAAGAUCCUUACCGAGAUGAGGUAUCGUGUAUAAGCAUACUGAGAGGACAAAGGAGACCUAUGGCGCAUGUCCAGGGAAAAACAAGCCGGUGUCACCGCUAUUGACUCAGAAUACGGUCGUCCUCUGUUGCGCCAACGCUCCCGCGGGAGGGCCACCCUCCGGGAUGCAGAUGUGUUGGGUCGGAACUGUCAGAAGUCAGAAUGCCUCACACUCGAGAGAUUUGUCUGCCCCUGAUACAUUUGUCGAAGGAGUCAUCGCAGGAUAUCAAUUAGAGUUCUCGAUAUAACCUGUGAAUAAAUUCUGUCUCGGUAUUAAUGUCG